CGCAUGUCAUUUCAUUUCCCUCGAGCGUAGCAUUUAUCCCAUUUCAUGAGGGACGUGUCCCGACUUUUAUGCCACUACUCUCAAUUCUCCUAACAACCUCCCACCCUCGACCACCAUCACCACCACCUUCAUCCAACCGCAUUCACCUCUCUGAUUCCUCGUGUAUAAUAUAUUGCUGCCGCCAUGCCAUAUGCACAAUGUUCUGCAAUCACUCACUCACUCACGUAUUAUGGACAGUCUUCUUCUCUGUGACGAGGUCUUGCUCUGUAGCCCCACAACCUCAUCACCUACUGCUUGCUGCAACGAACCCAGUUGCGGAAAUGUUGGAAGUUGCUGCUGUGAUUCAACUUGCGUCGACAGUAUCACCAAGGAAGAGUGUGAGCAGUCUGUUGCCAUGUUCAUUGACAAGGAGGCCACUUACAUGCUGCCUCAACCAGCUGCCUAUCUCCACUGCCUUGGCCGCUCCACCAGCUUGUUGCUUGCACGAAGCACAGCAAUUCAGUGUCUAAUCAAGUGGUGCAGUCGACUGAAUCUAUCUGUUUCAACAGUCUUCAGCGCUUCCAACUAUCUCGAUCGCUUCAUGUCUAUGCAUCGUAGCCUCGAAUGGGAAACAUGGAUGAUGGAACUAGUGACAGUAGCCUGUUUAUCUGUUGCUUCCAAGUUCAACGAGACUAAUGCACCUUCCUUGUACGAUUUCCAGAUGGAGGAGAUGAAUCAUUGCUUCCGACCAAUCACAAUCCAGCAGAUGGAACUGCUGCUUUUACAGUCACUGCAAUGGCGGCUUGCCUCCACCACUAGUUACUCUUACCUCGAACCUCUCCUCAUCAGCAUCGCCGAUUCGAGUCCUUCCUCGAAUCCGAUACACAAACUUGGGCAGGAAUUAUCAGCUACAGCCACCAGUUUCCUCCUCGAGGCUUUGCUUGAGUGCAAGUUUGUGGAAUAUCGUCCAAGUUCAGUAGCCAUAUCAGCGGUUUGGUGCAGCGUACAAGAGUUGGCUUCAUCCAACCCGCAUUAUUCUGAUCUCGCUACUCGUAUCAUUUCUCGACUCAUAGACCAUAGUAUUCACAAGGAUGAUGUGAUUAGAUGCCAUGGGCUGAUGGUGGAAAUGGAGAUGGAUUACAGCAGCAGCAGCAGCAGCAGAUCGUCUCCUUGGAGUCCGGUGACUGUUCUAUGUACAGACCGUGGUGGUGUCAGUAGUAAAGAUGAUUCCCAUGUUGAUCUCUCUAUUUUUAAUGGGAAUCUGGGGAGCAGAUUGAAACUUGGAAACAAGAAGAAGAAGAAGAAGAGGAAAUGGGAAGAUAAUUAGUUAUUGGAGAAGCACACAAUACAUUCUGUUGAAAGGGAAAAAGAAUUAAUUUACUCCAUUCAAAUUGUUGAGAAACUUUGGGAUGUCUUGAUUGAAUCUAUUCGCUAACUAAAGCUAUACGUAAUUACAUACUGUGAGACCUUAGUGCCCUCUAUCAUUAAAUUCUCCACUGUAGAUAGGUGCACUCUCGCCUUUCGUGGCCUCUCCAUUCGGUUUUGUGACCGUAAAGUGAACAUCUCGGACAAACCAAAUGGAGAUAUUAUUUUAUUCGAUUUUAGCUCAGGACCUGAUUGUAACUAAUAUAUAGUUUAUAAUGUA